GUUGCCUUUACUUGGUAGAUACAUUAGCAGGAGAUCCACAGGUUCUGCAAGUAGAUGCUGAAACAUACUAUGAAAAACUCUUGAAGAAAUCCUUGUCCGCUCCUGAUGUCUUUUUGGUCCCUGGAGGAGAAGAGGUUAAACUUGAAGAUUCCUGUGUGUGUUUUGUCCCUCUCUACCGAAGUAAUCCUACUUGCAAAAUGUUGCUGUUAACUGAUCCGAAGGAUAAAGAGACAGUUUUGGCAGUUUAUUUGAACCAGUGUUGGUGGCCGGUUGAAGAUGUAUUAAAGACAGCUGAUCCUUCUAGAGAUGGGCUAAUUUCGGUCCAGACCUUUGGAGAAAGGAUUGUCCUCUUUGUUCUGAACUACAUUAUUUUUGGAAUGUUGGAAGGGAGUACAGCUAAUGAUGCAUUCUUUCUACCUCACUCUGCCACCGAGUGUGCCAAGAUACUCUGGAGAAAUGGCGAGGCGGUUGCCUUUUACUCAGUCAAGAUGAGAGGGAGCCUAUGUGAUGGUACAACCAGUCAAUGUUACUUGCUGCCAGUUUUGGAUACUAUAUUUGUCCGGAGAAAGUACAGAAGAGGUGGCCUAGGGAUGAAAAUGCUGCAUGAUUUCUGUCAGUCUUUCAUGGCUGAGGAUGCCUUGGGGAUCAGCUGCCCUAUUUCUGCUGCCAUGUAUCAAGUUUGCCAGAAAUUCUUACAGACUUAUCCCGAGGAGCAGAAGCGACUGUGGGAGGUGGAAGCACCAGGAGAUUGGAGCCAGCGAGUGAAUAUCUGGUUAAAAAUUCAGAUGGAGUCAUCCGCUUCAGGAAAGGCUGAAGUGGGCUCUGGUAUGGAAAGUGCUCAAACCAGUAAACCCAGACAAUCAGAUGUGGACCAGAUGAAUAAGGGUGUUGAAUACAUUCCUGGUGUUGGGAAAGUGGCAGGAGAUGCCCAGGAAAAAAAAGAUGACACACCAGGAGCAGGAACUCUAAACUCACAGGAUCCUGAACAAGAGGACUUAGAACCAGGUGCAGGCAAUACUCAGCAAUGAAAAGCAUUCAGAAAAAGAGCAGACCCUGGGGGCUUAGUUGGAGACAAGGCCACCAAAAGUUUAGAAUUAUACCAUAAAUGCACUUUCAAAAAUCAGCAAAAUCAGUAUGGUCUAAAAAUUGUAGUUGACUGUUCAUAA